AUGGCAAGGAAAAAGAACUCCUCCAAAGCUGCAAAGAAGUACUACGAGAAGCAGGCGAGCAUUAAACGGGCAGACCCUGAGCCUUGCAGCCCAGCAUCCGCAGCAAUUACAGCAGCUGACAGCAUAUGCCAGAAGACCCCUGGGAGAAAUACAGCUCCAAAGGGCAGGCCCAUGGCAUCACGGCUAGGUGUCCGCUCGGUCGGUGCCACAAAGCCACCCCUCCCGCAUCCAUACACCGGCAGGCCACCAUCAAGGGGCGGCACGGCAGAUCAUGCGGGAGACUGCUGCCAAGCCGCAUAUGGAUGCGUCAGCGCAGAGUUUGUUGACGAGGACGGUCUGCAUGUGAAGAUAGCGGUGUGGCGCGGCCGAAAUGUGGCGGCUGCAGGCAUGCCAUCAGACAAGGAGGGCCAGGCUGCGUGUGCUGGCCAGCAGGGGAGCCAGGAAGCCAAGGCGGCUGACGGCGGUGUGGAGGCCCACAGCGGCGGUAAGAGGCCAGCUCAGGCUCCACCCGCCGCAGGUUGUGGAGCAUGCCCAGCAGCCACAGCUGUGGAUGGGGGCGGCUAUCCAGGUAUAACAGGCCCAAAAGUCUUGACUUAUGACACCGGGAAUGAGGACAAGCCUGUGGCGCAAGAACAGUUGUCCAUGCCCAGCCUGCGCCGCCAGCCUGUCGGGAAGGGACAGCCAAGGCGCACUUGUGAGCAGCUGCCAGAGCCAGCUGUUGGCCCAUCUGCAAGCGUGGCUGUGAAUGGAGGGAAAGGCGACGGCAGCUGCACCGCUCUGUGCUUUUAA